GAAUGGCGCCCGGGCCGGGCGGGGAGAGCGGCUGGUUCUGCUUCGGGUUCCGCUGGGCCGGCGGCGCGGAGGGCGGGCCGGAGCCGCUGCCGGCGGAGGGCGGCGGGCCGGUGCGGCGCGUGAGGCCGAGCUGGAGCUUCGCGGCGCUGGUGGCGGCCGGCGGGCCGGGGCGGGUGCGGCUGCAGGGCGCCGUGGGUGCGGCGCUGCCCCCCGACUGCCUGGACGCGCUGCCCUCCGAGACGCACGUGCUGCUGCUGCGGGAGGCCGCGCUGGAAGCCUGGCCCGUCGCCCCGGGGUCGGGCGCCCUCCUGGACGGGCGGCCGGCCUGGCGGAGGGAGCUGCGGGCGGCGGAGGCGGCGGCCAUAGAGCUGCCGCUGGUGCCCGGCGGCUACGUGGCCCCCCGGCCGCCCUUCUUCACAGCGCUGCCCGCCGCCCUCCCGGCUCGCCGGUUGCUGCUGGGCCUGGAGCACGCGCUGCUGCUGGCGGCCGGCGGGACGCUCUUCUCGUGGGGCGGCGGCAGGCACGGGCAGCUCGGGCACGGCGACCUGGAGAGCCGGCGGGAGCCGCGGGCGGUGGAGGCGCUGCAGGGCUUGGCGGUGGCGGCGGCGGCGGCGGGCGGCUGGCACUCGGCGGCCGUCAGCGAUGCGGGCGACCUGUACUUGUGGGGCUGGAACGAGGCCGGACAGCUCGGGCUGCCCUCCAAAAAGGCCAGCGAGGCUGCAGCCGCCGAAGAGGCCGGUGCGGCCCCGGGGAAUCGCCCCCUUUGCGGCGCCGGGCUGGACGGGGGCGCUGCGGACGGGCCCGGAGGCGACGAAGCGCCCUUCGUCUCGGUACAGCCCUUCCCCGCCCUGCUGGACUUGCCCGAGGAGGCCGAGGCGCCGGCCAUGUCUACACCUGGGGCUGGGGGAAAUAUGGCCAGUUGGGGCACCAGGAUGUGGCCACAUCUGACCGGCCAAGGAGAGUUUCCUACUUUGUGGAGAGGAAUCUCAGGGUGCAGGACGUGGUCUGUGGGCCGUGGACCACGUUUGUCGAAGCUGCCGAGAGUGGGCCGUGAAGAAGCCACAUCUGCCAGGCAUUUCUCUGGAGGCCGAGCAGCUUCUCGGAGCUCCAUCUGGAUUCAGCCGUCCCAGGAUGUCCCAUGAAGGAGAAUUUGGGGGGGGGGGGGCAAUGACACCCCGGGUUUCCUCGUGAGCCUCACGGGUGUUUCUUCAAGCAGUCCAGCCACGUUUACAUAUCAGAAGCACAACAUUAAAUGCAGAAUAAAAAUAUCUUUUAUGUAGAGCAAAGUCAGACAUUU